CUCCAUCCUCGCCGCCGAUCGGCUGCGAGCGGACUUGCCGGGGACGGCGGCGGCGGCGGCGGCGGCAGCGGCGGGAGUCUCGGCUGCGCCCCUCUACUGCCCCCCGCCCUGCGCCCCGGCCGCCCCACCAUGUCCUAGAAAAGCUAUGGAGACCAAAGGCUACCACAGUCUCCCCGACGGUCUCAGUCUCGACAUGGAGAGACGGUGGGGGCAAGUGGACCGCCCUGCGCUGGGACCCGGCGAGCGGGCCGAGAGGGCCGAGGAGAAUAGCUGCAUGGAGAUUGUCAACGUCAGCUGCGUUUCCGGUGCUAUUCCACACGACAGUGCUCAGGGAGGCGGCAAAGACAAACCCGAGCUCCUCCCUUGCAUCCAGCAGGACUCCGCUCACCGACCUGGGAUCUUAGCCUCGGAGAUUAAGACCGAGCUGGAGUCCAAGGAACUUUCGGCCACCGUGGCGGAGUCCAUGGGCCUGUACAUGGACUCGGUGCGCGAGGCCGACUAUGCAGCCUACGACCCCCAGCACCCCCACGACGGCGCGAGCCCCGCCAAGCUCUACCCGAACGUGGAGCAGCUGAUGAAGUUCUACAAAGAGAACGGCCACCGGCCGGCCGCCCUGGGUGGGGUCAGCCGGCCCCUGCGGGCCUUCCUGGCCGACUCCGGGGGUGCGGUCAACGGGGGAGCCCUGCGCCCCGUGGUGAAGAGCCCCCUCCUGGGUCACGAGAAGAGCCCGUCGGGGUGCAGCCCUCUGAACCUGACGUCGUCGGGGUGCAGCCCCGCGGGCAUCAACUCCGUGUCCUCCACGUCGGCCAGCUUCGGUGGCAGCUUCCCCGCGCACAGCCCCCUCACCCAGGGCACCCCGCUCACCUGCUCCCCGACCGUGGAGAGCCGGGGCUCCCGCUCGCACAGCCCCGCGCACGCCAGCAACGUGGGCUCGCCGCUGUCCAGCCCCCUAAGUAGCAUGAAGUCACCCCUGUCCAGCCCGCCGAGCCACUGCAGCGUCAAGUCGCCCGUGUCCAGCCCCAACAACGUCACGCUGCGCUCGUCGGUGUCCAGCCCGGCCAACGUCAAUAACUCCAGGUGCUCCGUUUCCAGCCCUAGCCACGCCAAUAACAGGUCCACGCUGUCCAGUCCCACGGCCAGCACGGUGGGAUCUAUCUGCAGCCCCCUCAACAAUGCCUUCAGCUACGCGGCCUCGGGCACCCCCGCCGGGCCCGGGGCCGCCCGGGAUGUGGUUCCCAGCCCCGACACACACGAGAAAGGUGCUCACGAGGUCCCUUUCCCCAAGACCGAGGAGGUGGACAACGCCGUCUCCAACGGGGUGACCGCGGGCCAGCUUAACAUUGUCCAGUGCAUUAAAACCGAGCCCGAGGGCGCCUUUGGCAGCUCCUGCCUAGGAGGAAAUAGCAAAGUGGCCCCCGAUGCCCCGUUCUCGGUCCCCAUCAAGCAAGAAGCAACCAACAAGCACUCGUGUUCCGCCACGGCUUUCAAAGGGAACCCCCCGGUCAACCCGUUUCCUUUCAUGGAUGGCUCGUAUUUUUCCUUUAUGGAUGAUAAGGACUAUUAUUCGCUAUCAGGAAUUUUAGGACCCCCCGUGCCGGGCUUUGAUGGGAACUGCGAGGGCAGCGGGUUCCCCAUGGGGAUUAAGCAAGAACCCGACGAUGGGAGCUACUACCCCGAGGCCAGCAUCCCGUCCUCGGCCAUCGUGGGCGUGAAUUCAGGUGGACAGUCCUUUCACUACCGGAUUGGUGCUCAAGGUACAAUCUCUCUCUCACGAUCCGCUAGAGACCAGUCUUUCCAACACCUGACUUCCUUCCCGCCGGUGAAUACUCUCGUGGAGUCCUGGAAACCGCAUGGCGACGUGGCCUCCAGGAGAGGUGAUGGAUAUCCGGUCCUAGAAUACAUUCCAGAAAACGUGUCAAGCUCUACUUUACGAAGUGUUUCUACUGGAUCCUCAAGACCUUCCAAAAUAUGUUUGGUGUGUGGGGAUGAGGCUUCAGGAUGUCAUUAUGGGGUGGUAACCUGUGGCAGCUGCAAAGUGUUCUUCAAAAGAGCAGUGGAAGGACAGCACAACUAUUUAUGCGCUGGAAGAAAUGACUGCAUCAUUGAUAAAAUUCGACGGAAGAAUUGUCCUGCCUGUAGACUUCAGAAAUGCCUUCAAGCUGGGAUGAAUUUAGGAGCCCGAAAGUCAAAGAAGCUGGGCAAGUUAAAAGGGAUUCACGAGGGCCAGUCUCAGGAGCCCCCGCCCCCGCCCCCGCAGAGUCCCGAGGAAGGGACCACCUACAUCGCCCCGGCCAAGGAGCCAUCGGUCAACACAGCGCUCGUGCCACAGCUCUCCAGCAUCACCCGCGCCCUCACACCGUCCCCAGUCAUGGUCCUGGAAACCAUCGAGCCAGAAGUCGUGUACGCGGGCUAUGACAGCUCGAAGCCGGACACUCCCGAAGGUCUGCUGUCCACUCUCAACCGCUUAGCGGGCAAGCAGAUGAUUCAGGUGGUGAAGUGGGCAAAGGUACUUCCAGGAUUUAAAAACUUGCCUCUUGAGGACCAAAUUACCCUAAUCCAGUAUUCUUGGAUGUGUCUAUCAUCAUUUGCCUUGAGCUGGAGAUCGUACAAACAUACGAACAGCCAAUAUCUCUAUUUUGCGCCAGACCUAGUCUUUAAUGAGGAGAAGAUGCAUCAGUCGGCCAUGUAUGAACUCUGCCAGGGGAUGCACCAAAUCAGCCUUCAGUUCGUCCGCCUGCAGCUCACCUUUGAGGAGUACACCGUGAUGAAAGUCCUGCUGCUGCUAAGCACAAUUCCAAAGGAUGGCCUCAAAUGCCAGAGUGUGUUUGAAGAAAUGAGGACAAAUUACAUCAAAGAGCUGAGGAAGGUGGUGACAAAGUGCCCCAACAAUUCUGGGCAAAGCUGGCAGCGGUUCUAUCAAUUGACCAAGCUUCUGGACUCCAUGCAUGAUCUGGUGAGUGACCUGCUGGAAUUCUGCUUCUACACCUUCCGUGAGUCCCAGGCGCUGAAGGUGGAGUUUCCCGCCAUGCUGGUGGAGAUCAUCAGCGACCAGCUGCCCAAGGUGGAAUCCGGGAAUGCCAAGGCGCUCUACUUCCACCGGAAGUGACAGAGGCGGCCAGCCAACCGAGAAGAACUUUGCCUUAAACGUUUCCCCGUGUUAUUCUGCACCCACGACGGACCCAAGCAAUCCGAUUUUUAAACAGGUGAUGGUGGAUCGCACUUGUCCAGAAGUCUCUCAAGAUUUGAAAA